GGCAUCCAACAACAAACAACAUGUUCCUAGUUAAAAAGGAAUUUUGUUUGAAUGGAACAUGUUUAGAAUGUCUUCCCUGUCUCUUUUCUUUACUUGUGUGAAAUUGUCCCAAUUUAACUCUUUGAUUGUUUCUUUCAGAGCACGAGUUUUUUUCACUACAGAUAAUUUUGGCAGUAGUCUCCUUCCGUUUACUGUACCUACAUCAAUGCAGGUUGGCGUGCCAGCAGUAACGUCAGCACAUUUUGCUGGUCCAGUAUUGCUGUUCGUAAUAAACCAAAAAGUCUAUGUUUAUGAUUAUCGGGCCAAUUCCUGGAACGCAGCUGUAGGUGUAAAACACCCCAUUUCACAUGUUUCUGGUGAUAAUUGUUGUUACAGCCAGAAUUCCUUUUGUUUGGAUAUAGGUGAUUCGAUUUUUGCAUAUUUGUACGGAGAGGUAGUAUCUCGAGCUAAUAUAUACUACUCAAAUACCUAUGGAUACACAUUUCAGAAAUUUGCUUUUUACCAUCAGGUACCAUUACUCGGUUAUUUGGGUGGGAUCUUCUUCUUUCACUCUCUGUCACAGAUCGGGCUGCUUGUCCUUGAUGGAACAAAAGCCAAGUUUGUGUACUCAGACCACCCACUCAACAGAAGCUUUGGGCUGCCCUUUGAAUACAAAGGAACCCUCGAAGUCCUCAUCACCCCUGGUCAGAAAGGCAUUUUAAUCAUCUGGUCUGAUGACAGCCUGCUGAUUUCCCGGAAUGCAGGUCAGCUGGUCAACACUGUCGUCAUGAACUUGAGACGCUACCUCUUUUAUUCUUCCAUUUCCAAGGCCAACCUCACCAUCCACAGCAUCGCUGCCAAUGAAAAUGAGCUGGCAGUUUUAGGUCUGCACAAUGGUGUAUAUUACGGCAGUCUGGCAACCCUGUCAAGUUCUAUAAUCAAACUUUCAAGCGAAAACGUCUGGUCCCGAGAGGCAGCCCUGAUGUUCACCCACGUGGGAAAGCUGGAAAUACUAAGCCCGCUGCCCGACCUUGAUUUCCCAGCUUUCGACUUCCUGCGGUGCCACAUGAACAUCCAGACGAUUCUCAUGAACCCCGAUCUCCAGAUCAAAGCUUGCCAAGUGCAACGUCUCCAUGGGUUUUUUGGAAACAGAAUGUAUACCAUUGAUAUGAACAGCGAGCUGACAUUGACCGGUUUUAUAAUACCUCAACCGGGCAAUCCACCAAUUCCACUAGUAACAGUGAGCAACCCACACUCCCUGGGGCUGCAGGCGACCAUCAAGGAGCAGGGCUACACUUCGGACGGGAACACCAAGUAUCAGCUGAGCAUUCACCUGAAGCAACAGCACCACUCGGGAAGGGCUGACCCCAACUUCACCUCCAGCAUAAAACGACCCACGAUAUCCACCGUCACUCUGGACAUAGCCAACAGAGAAAUUUCCUGCAUCGACCUCAAGCCGCUGACAGCGCUCGUUUCAGUUGGGUGUGACCUGGAAAAGAGGAUCAUCGUUCAGAAUGACGUCUCUGCCUGCUCCAAAGGCAUCCUGGACCCCGUGAUCUUGCAGGACAAUUACAACUACAUCAUCGAGAAGGAGGCCUACGAUCCCAACUUCCUGGGCCAGAAGGCCACCAAGGACCUGAAGGUGCUGUACAAAUACGAUAAGCUGGGCUGCCCUCGCCUGGUCUACUAUGACACCCCGUGGAAGCCUGUGGUGGAACUGUGGAGAAGUGGAGAGUUCCAGGAGGUGGUCAAUGCCCAGUAUGUCUUGCUGGAGGUGAACGGGCUGUUCACGUACACGUACUCCCUGACGGCCGGCACUGCACUCUGCAAAUCGCAACCACAGAACUGGACCACCAUCAUGGCGGAUGCUGGCUAUCACAGGCCCUUCUCCUGGGACAGAGAGAACUAUGUGAGCUGCCACGAGCCCAACAAUGGCUCCCCUUUGAGGUGGCCAGAUGUCCCGUAUCAGAUCUUGGGUGGCCCAACGAACAACAAGGUCAUUUUUGACCAAAGGAAUGGAAUCUACGUCUUCCUGCUUUCCAUUGUGGACCCCUACUACAGCUACUGCCACCUGGAGACCACCUUCAGCAUCUACGUGCACGGUGCCUUCCCGCCCACCGUCAUCCCCACCGAGCUCUCCAUCGUCCUGCUCACCCUGAGCAUGCUGCUUGCCCUGUGGCUGGUCCACGCCAUCCCCAAGUGCCACACGCCGAGAUGA